UAAAACUUACUAUACGCAAUGAAUCAUAGAUAGUGAAAUAUCAUGUGAAUAAAAAAAAUUUAUCACAAUGUAUAAUUUUUACGAGCAACUAACUAUUAAAGAUGUUGCAAAUUGGGUUGCUUCUGGAGCAAUAAUAUUUGGUGGAAUUGUUCCAUAUGUACCACAAUAUAAGGAAAUUAAAAAAAGAGAUGAUGCAGAAGGAUUUUCUCUUUAUGUAUGCCUUACACUUCUAAUAGCCAAUACAUUACGUAUUUCCUUUUGGUUUGGAAAACGUUAUGAAAUUCCCCUUUUAUUACAAAGUAUACUUAUGAUUAUUACUAUGUUUAUAAUGAUUAAACUUUGUAUAAAUGUACAAAAUAGAAAUCAAGUAGUAAAAGUGAGAGAACGUGUAUUUUCUGAUUUUGAUACAAAUUAUUUUUGGAAAUGGACGGAUUUUCAAUCUUAUUUGGAUUUUAUGUUACUAUUUACUGCAUUAAUGGGGGUUGUAACAUAUCUGCUAAUGGAUGUACCAAUAUUUGUUGAAAUUGUGGGCUUACUUGCAUUAUUAACAGAAGCUAUGCUAGGAGUACCACAAUUUGUUCACAAUUUUUUAAAUAAAUCAACCAGUGGAAUGAGUAUUAUUAUGGUUGCAAUGUGGACCUUGGGUGAUGUAUUUAAAACAUGUUAUUUUGUUGUGAAAGAAGCUCCUAUUCAAUUUGGAGUUUGUGGUACUCUUCAAGUUAUAAUUGAUAUUGCAAUCUUAACACAGGUAUAUAUUUAUCAAAAUAAAACAACAGUACAUGUAAAAAUUCCAGUACGUGUUGAUUGA